AUGCGCAAGCUGGCUGGCCUGCAGGUGGUUUCCGGAGACGAGAUGGUAGGGUUUGUAGCACGGGAGAACGUCAUCAGGUCCCUGAGCAGCGGUGACGACAAGGAGUCUGACGUCUGGCUUCCAGACGCAGAGCGGGUUUUAGUCCUGGACGCGAUUGAGGAUCCUGGCAACAUGGGCGCUCUGCUUCGGAGUGCGUCCGCCUUUGGCUGGGCUCUCGCACCCCAAAACGGUUGUCCAGGACUCGGUCGUUCUGCUGCCGGGCUGCUGCAAUCCGCUGAUGAAAAGGGCCUCCAUUGCCAGCCGCGGGGCGCAUUUACACCUGCCGAUGGCGCAGGCUUCCGUCAACCAGCUUCGAGCUUCUGCUCGGGCACAUGACAUGCAGCUCAUAUGUGCAUGCGCUGCUGACUUUACUUCCCAAAGUUGUGAGGGUACAGUUUCUUGGGAUGCACAACAACAAGCGUUGUGGAAAGAGGUAGCGGUUAUACGAGAAAGGAAGCAAAGAAUCUGCUUGGUACUAGGGAAUGAAAGGUCAGGGAUAAGCGACGAAGUCAAACGGAUAUGUGACAAGCGGAUAUGCAUACCGAUGGUCGGCAAUAUGGAAUCAUUGAACGUGAGCGUUGCUGGCGGGAUACUGCUUUAUCUUCUGGCAAACGGUUGACAAUAAUUUUG